AUGCGCCUGGACACGAAGACGAAAAUGGAGGCAGAGUACAUGGAAGAGAUAGAGGAACUGAAACAGGUGAUUGAUGGUCUGCGACAGCAACUGGAAGAACAGCGUGUUGACUCCCCUCCGGAAAUAACCACAGAUCUCACCCUUGACGCAAAUAGGUCCACUGUGGACAUCGUAAAUCAAAUUAACCAACUUCAAUCAGAACUUGAAUUAAGUCAAAAGAAGUUACAUGAACUAGAGUCUGAGAACGCAAUACUUCGAGAACGCAUUGAUGUUCUCGAAAUCAAGGAAAGUGUUGUGCUUAAUAUGACUUCCGAGAAUGCAACAAACGAGCUUCUUGAAGAAAUCGAUCUUCUUAAGACACAGUUGAUGGCAGAAAAAUCAGAGAAACAGCGACUUCAUCAGCAAAUUGCCGAGAAAGAAGACGAUGUAGAUGCCGCCCGUGGCCAAGUGUUUGAAUUGCAGUCUACUGUAAAGAGCCUUCGCGAGGAACUGUGCGACGUCAAGGCAGAGUUUGACGGUCUCAAAUUACAGACUGGCUCUACCGACAACACAAGGGGGAAUUCGCUGUUCUCUGAGGUGGAGGAUCGGCGACGUCGCGCAGAAGCCCUGGUCCAAAAACAGCAGGCGUUUAUUGACAAACUUCAACACGAGCUCGCCUAUGUUCAGGCUGAAUCGCGAAGAAAAAUUGUACGUUGA